AUGGCUUCCUCCAAAGGCAUAGCUUUCCUAGCUUUGCUUCUCGUAUUGCUUCCCAUUACUGCUAUAGGAGAUGACUGGCUGUCUGAUUUCUAUGAGAAGGUGUGUGAAGAAGUGAACUGUGGGAAGGGGAAUUGCAAAGCAGGUAUAGGAUAUGCAUUCAACUACAUCUGUGAAUGCGAUCGCGGUUGGAAGAGAACUCAAUAUGAUGAUGUGAAUGAUGCUGCACCAUUUUUACCUUGUGUCAUCCCAAAUUGUAGUCUAGACUAUUCAUGCCAGCCAGCACCACCUCCUGUACCUGAAGCACAAGUUCCACUGAAUAUAUCUUUCUUUGAUCCUUGUUAUUGGGCGUAUUGUGGAGAAGGAAGUUGCACAAAGGACAGAACUUAUACGUUCAAGUGCUCCUGCAAAUCAGGGUUUUAUAAUCUUCUCCACAACUCUUAUUUCCCAUGCUACAGCGACUGUACAAUUGGAUCCGAUUGUUCAAGUCUUGGAAUUAAAGUGGCAAAUCAGAAAACAACAACAAAUGGUCAGACAAGGAGUCAAGUGAUUUCCUCUUCAUUUCUUGUCCCUCUGUUUUAUUCUCGGGAAAUUUUGUUUUACGAGCUCCUCAAGAAUCUCAAUUCAGGCAGGGAAGUUCCACCAGAUGACUAUGUUGAUAAUGUCCAUGGCUAUGGCAAUGAGGAAGUAGCACUCCAAGUGUUGAAGCAAGAUCUCAGUUCAUAA